CUCAGUUUGCUCUCGCUUCUCCGGCAGUGAUGUGUAGCUACAGAGCUUCUGCGCUUCUGCUGCCACUUUUCCUGCUUUCUGUUGGACUGAAGGCGACAUUAGCACGCUCUGUAGAGUACGAGACAGAUGUAGUAGUGCCCUCUAAACUGCAGCAGGAGCAGGUGGAACUGAUUUGGGAAACAUCCCGGUGGAGCAGAGGGCGCAGGAGGCGCUCCGAGUCCCAGCAUGGUCACCUGUUCGUGUCAUUGCCUGCUUUUAGCCGAGAGCUUUACCUGGAGCUCCAGAAGGAUGAGGCUUUUCUCGCUGAGGCCUUCAUGGUCGAGGAGAGAAGGCCGAAAGAGAACGUCCAGUACGAACCAGCUUUUAAAGGACGGGUCUGUUUCUACACUGGCACUGUUUUCAAUCAUACAGACUCGUUUGCCUCGCUGGAUACUUGCGGCGGCCUGACUGGCCUGGUUCAAAUGGGAGAUGAGACUCUUUUUAUAAAGCCCGUGCACAAGGGACUCGAGUCUUUCUCUGGUGGUGAGCACAAAGUCGUCAGACAAAAGCGUUCUUCUGACACACCGUCUGCACACGGCAGCCCAAAACACUGCCAAAUCGUCCAAGGGAAGCGUAAGGAUCGGCGUUCCAAAAGCGCAGAGGAUGCCCGUGGGAGGAGAAAUGCCAUCAGGAUGAGCGGCGAUUACACUGUAGAGACGGUGAUGGUGGCCGACGCAGACAUGGUGCAGUACCACGGAGCCGAGGCAGCACAGCGCUUUCUCCUUACUGUGAUGAACAUGGUAUAUAACAUGUUUCAGCACCAGAGUCUGGGAGUAAAGCUGAACGUUCGACUCACCAAACUUGUCCUACUGCACUCCCGCCCAAAGAGGCUGAAGGUCGGCCAUCACGGAGAGAAAACACUUGAGAGCUUCUGCCAUUGGCAGCAUGAAGAAUUCGGAGGGGCUCGAUAUUUAGGAAAUAAUCAUGUCCCAGGAGGCAGAGAUGAUCCACCACCCAUAGACAUCGCAGUUCUGGUCACAAGGACAGAUUUUUGUGUCCACAAAGAUGAACCUUGUGACACUGUUGGUAUUGCCUAUUUAGGAGGUACAUGCAGCGCAAAGAGGAAGUGUGUAGUAGCCGAGGACAACGGCCUCAACCUGGCCUUUACCAUUGCCCAUGAGCUCGGACACAGCAUGGGCAUGAACCAUGACGAUGACCAUGCUGCUUGUACAGGCCACUCGCACAUCAUGUCAGGAGAGUGGGUCAAAGGUCGUAACCCUAGUGAUCUUUCCUGGUCCACCUGCAGCCGUGACGACCUGGAAAACUUCCUCAGGUCGAAGGCAAGUUCGUGUCUGUUGCACACAGACCCACGGAGCCGAUACCUGGUGCGUCUCCCCGCAAAGCUUCCUGGCAUGCACUACAGUGCAGACGAACAGUGCCAGAUUCUGUUUGGCACCAAUGCAACGUUUUGCACCAACAUGGAGGGUCGGGGGUUGGAGGCCUGCCUUUGGGUCUGGGUUCAUGGAGUUUGCAUAUUCUCAACAUGCUUGCACCUGAUGUGUGCAGGCCUGUGGUGUUUGGUAGAAGGAGACACGUCUUGUAAGACCAAACUGGAUCCACCUUUGGACGGAACAGAGUGUGGCGCUGAUAAGUGGUGCAGGGCUGGUGAGUGUGUCAGUAAGACCCCGAUCCCUCAGCAUGUGGAUGGAGACUGGAGUUCAUGGAGUCAGUGGAGCAUGUGCAGCCGGACCUGUGGUACUGGUGCACGAUUCAGGCAGAGGAAGUGUGAUAAUCCUCCACCUGGGCCUGGAGGGAAACAGUGUCUGGGGGGCAGUGUGGAGCACAAAGUGUGUGAGGGUCCCCCAUGUGCCAAGGGAUCACCUACAUUCAGGGACCAGCAAUGCCAGUCUCAGGAGCGCCAGACAGGCAAGAAGAAGAGCCAAAUGUGGACGGCUGUUAUAAAUGAUGAGAGGCCGUGUGCUCUGUACUGUACGCCAGUGGGCAGGGAUGCGCCAGUGCUGAUAGCCGAGCGUGUGUUAGAUGGGACGCCAUGUGGACCCUACGAGAGCGACUUGUGUGUGCACGGCAGGUGUCAGAAAAUCAGCUGUGACGGCAUUAUCGGCUCCUCUGCCAAAGAGGACCGCUGUGGGAUGUGUAACGGAGAUGGCAAGUCCUGCAAAAUUGUCAAAGGAGACUUCAAUCACAGCAGUGGCAUGGUCACCGCUAGCCAUUGUAAGAAGGUCUCUACAUGUGUGAUGUCAAAAUCCAGGGCUCUUCCCAAGUGUUUCUCAUGUUAUAUCGAGGCGGCUGUCAUCCCUGUAGGAGCGCGGCGAAUUAAAGUUGUGGAAGACCGGCCAUCGCACAGCUUCCUGGCGUUGAAAGACUCGAGCAAGAGAUCCAUAAACAGCGACUGGAAAAUCGAGUUGCCGGGGGAGUUCGAGCUCGCCGGCACCACUGUUCGCUAUGUUCGCAGAGGAUUAUGGGAAAAGAUGUCUGCCAAGGGGCCCACUAAGACUCCUCUCCACCUCAUGGUUCUUAUGUUCCACGAUCAGACAUACGGAAUCCACUAUGAAUACACAGUGUCUUUGAACCAGUCUCAGGAGAGCACCACAGAGACACCCAGAGAACCUGAGCACCUGUAUCUGUGGACUCACAGCGGAUGGGAAAACUGCAGUGUGCACUGCGGAGGAGGAGAAAGAAAGACUGUGGUUUCCUGCAUAAGGAUGGUUAAUAAGACAAUGACGCUGGUAAAUGAGAGUUUCUGUCACCCAGAAAACCGGCCUGCACCUCAAGUCCGUCAUUGCAACACACAUCCUUGCCAGUAUAGAUGGGUGGCAGGUGACUGGGGUGAGUGUUCAGUGACAUGUGGAAAAGGUGCACAACAGCGUGAGGUUGGCUGUGUGUAUCAGCUUCAGAAUGGCUUGAUCGUCAGCACACGAGAACUGUACUGCCUUAGUGCGAAGCCGGAGAGCAUUCAACACUGCGAGGGACGCCACUGUCUCACUGCGUGGGAUGCCACCGAGUGGAGCCAGUGUUCAUCUAGUUGUGGGCGGGGCAUCAGGAAAAGGACAGUGACAUGCACAAAUCCUCAGGGGCUCUGUGACCCUGCCUCCCGUCCCAACCACCAGGAGCCAUGCGAGGAUUACUCAAAAUGCUACGAGUGGAAGACAGGAGACUGGUCCAAGUGCUCAUCAUCCUGUGGGAAAGGGCUUCAGUCCCGCGUGGUCCAGUGCAUGCACAGAGUGACUGGUCGUCAUGGCAGCGACUGUCCCACAGUCCUAAAGCCGCCAGCAUACAGGCAGUGUCAUCAGGGGCCAUGCAAUGAAAAGAUUAAUGUCAACACCAUAACUUCACCAAGACUAGCGGCCCUGACGUAUAAGUGUAUGGGAGAUCAGUGGACGGUGUACUGUCGGGUGAUCCGGGAAAAGAACCUGUGCCAGGACAUGCGCUGGUACCAACGCUGCUGCCAAACUUGCAGAGACUUUUAUGCCAGCACAAUGGCUCGCGAAAGUUAAUGAGACUGGCACUUCUUUUUACAUAGCAGCUUAAUUUUUAUGUCCUCUUUUUGUACUGUCAUAAAUGACACUGUGUAUAUUGUUAUUAAGGAUUAUUGGAUUUUAAAGCAGUAACCGGUAAAUUGAUGCACAUGUCAGAAUUUUCGAAUGGGAAGCUUUUGACUUGAAAAUAGUGCAAAAGGUCUAUGACUUUUUUGUUUUUUUCAUUGUUUUGCUCUAAACCAAAGUUGAAAACAUGAGAGGCCAUUGGAGAUGACUUCUUCAGCAUAGCAGCUUGGCUGUUGUACAGUAAGCUGACCACUUAGGAAAUGAUUGGGCUUACUUUGCUUUGUAAAAGCCACUGGUUGGCCAGUAAUUGCAGUACUGAGCAAUGAGACAUUAUUGUUCAAAUAUUCAUCCUCUAAUCUCUUAUUUCUUCCACAUUUCUUUGAGAGAUCCAUUAAUGUCCAUUAAGUGCCUUAACAAGAUUGUGUGAUCCGUAAUGCCCUGGUUUAUGGCAUCAGUUGCACCCUAUAAGCUGUGGGCAAGCCAUUGUUGUCUUAAGAAAAAACACCUAUAACUGCUAAAUAGGGCAAAGUAAAGACUUUUGAGAAAGGACUUUACAUUUGGAACAAAAACUAAAUAUACACAGAUGAGCCAUACCAUUAACACAACAUAAAAAAAAAAACAGUUUUAAUACUAACCAAUUAGUAAAACCAUCAAAAUGCACCCAGCAGUCACUCAUGCAAGUGGGAAUUAAAGGCCAGCCCAAUCGGUCUGAUCCCACAGAAAGGCUAAUGCAGCACAACACGCUGAAAUCCUGGCCACAAUAGAAAGGCACCAGACCACCCAGUGGUCUUCAACCCAACCUCCAGUCUCCUCAGAUCAAGUCCAAGCUAUGGAGGGUCCACCCCUUAACCCAUAGCACCCAAAGGAUCCAUUGCUAACAUCCUGGUGCUAGAUAACACAGGUCACUUUAGAAGGCCUGUGACUUGUCGUGUUUGAUGUGCCAGAGCUGCCAAGGCAACACCAGAGGAACCUACACAGUAUGGGCCAUAAUGAUUUGUGUUGCAUGUGUUAUGGCUGAUCGGUGUAUGCCCAAGAGCAGCUUGGCCUUAUCUGUGCACAUACAUUGGAAAAGAUUCUAAGCAAACUUGCUGGUGCUAUACACAUACAAAGGUGGCAACAUUUACAGAUUUGACCCAUUGAUGUGGUAAAGUGUAGCUGAAAACUUUACUUUUCUGCAGUUAAAGAAAUGAUUAUACCAAAUAUAAAUAAAAUUCAGCAGAUGAAUUCAGUUCAACCACCUAAAGGGGAAAUGACUGAAGUAGAAUGACAUUCUCUUGCUUACUGUUAUGGUAGCUUUAUUUUAUUUUUUUUGCACAUUUUAUCUAGGUGAUGUUUGACCCAUGGUUUCACAAGCAUCUGUAAUGUUAACCAUUAGAAACCAGCUGGGUGGUGCUAAAAUCCCUUUGGUGUAAAACCAAAUGGGGAGCUUCAUAUUAAGUAGAAAUUGCUACUUGAAAGUAGCCAUCACACCAGACCUUUACCUCACCCUUUGCCACACAUUUGAAAAAACAACAACAAAAAUAGCCAUCUCACUAUCGCAUGUGUUUCUUUUUGCUUACUAGGAGUUCCUUGUUAGAAAAGCAGGCACCUUCGUACAUAAAUACACUACAGACUACCAAAACCUUGUUUGCUAAUUCCUCUUCCAAAGUCAAACUGGGUGUGUUAAAGUAGAGAAAACACUGAAAUUUGUAGAAUGAGGUGUUCUCAAGGACCAGGUUGGAAGCCUGGGGUAUAUCCUCACUAUUAACAGUUAAAACUUCUUGUAAGCUGCAAGGAGGCAACAGUGGCAGUGAACUUUUUUUUUCAUUAACAAAGUCUAUUGAGAUAUUGCCACUUAUUUCACAUCUGAAAAAAUACUAUAGUUUAUAAUAUGAAUUAUUAUAGUAUUUACUAUAGUGUUUUUUUACUCUAUUUUAAUAUAGCAAUUACUACAGUAAGGUUCAAAAGCACUAUGGUAUUUACUCUAGUAUAUAGUUGUAUUUACAACAGUAACUACCACAUGCCAUAGUAAACUGUAGUAUUUACUAUAGUAAUUACUAGACACCCAUAGUAAACCUUGGAAUUUUCUAGUGUAAUUACUACACACCGUGGUAAACUGUAGUAUUUAUAUAGUGAUUACUACAUGCUGUAGUAAACUGUAUUAUUUUCAGCUGUAAUUACUACACACUCUAGUAAACUGUAGUAUUCAGUACAGUAAUUACUACAUGCUGUAGUAAAAUGUUAUUUCCGGCGGUAAUUACUAAAAACUGUAUAAACUAUAGUAUUUACUAUAUUAAUUACUACAAGCUGAAGUAAACUGUAGGUUUUACUGGAGUAAUUACUACACGCUGUAGUAAACUGGAGAUUUUUACUACUGUAAAUGGUACAUGCU